AUGGUUAGAAUUCGAAAGGGUUCCCGGCCCAAUCAACACGAAGAAUUUCGACGUCGGUUGGAGCGCGGUUUGUCGCUAUCACCUUCUGAUUCGAACAGUGCACAAAGUUCUUUGCCAUCGGCAGACGGUGACACUACAGAUAUUGAAUCUCUUGAGGAGGAGAACCACUUCCCCAGCCUCCAUUGUGAGACGAACCUGGUGGGUAGCAUUUCGCAAGAUGCCAUUGAAGACUGGAUACAGAGAGAGGAAAUUGGAGAAGAACGGAAUAUCCAAGGACAGCCUGAGACUUCAGACAGUCGUAUCAUAAUCGCUUUCCAGUGCAUCGCAGAGUCCAUUCAAGGCUCGCUGAGCACUCUUACAGAUAAGAUUGAAACUAUUUGCAGUGAUCUGGAGGAUGUUGUUGAUCGGCUGGUAGCCGUGGAGGCAGCAAUGGAGACAAUGGCCCCAAAAUUUCAGGAUUCUACAUCUGAGGGUUCAGCGACUGAGUGGACCGGUCGUCGCCAGUCAACUUUCAGACUAGGAUGUGAUAGAUUUUUGUUACCAAAGUAA